AUGCCAAGUACAAUACAGGUAAUAUAUAUGAUUUUGGUUACUGGUGAAUUGACUAUAGGAAUCUGGGGAAAUGGAUUCAUUGUACUACUACUUAACUGCAACAGCUGGUUCAAAAGGAGGGAUAUCUCCUUGACUGACAUCAUCCUGACCAGCUUGGCCAUCUCCAGACUCUGUUUAUUGUGUGUAAUAUCUUCAGAUGGCUUCAUUAUGCUGAUCUCUCCAGAUACAGAUGACAGUGGUGAGCUACUGAACAUUCUGGAUGUUUUCUAGACACUUGCCAAUAGUUCAAGUGUCUGGUUUACUUCUUGCCAUAGCAUCUUCUGUUUACUCAAGAUAGCCAACACAUCCCACCCAUAUUUUCUCUGCCUGAAGCUAAAGACCAACAGAAUCAUCCUUGGGAUGCUUCUAGUAUCCUUUCUGAUCUCCUUAGUUAUUAGUUUUUCAAUGAAUGAUGACAUGUGGCAUCACUUCUUUACGGCCAGUCAUGAAGAAAAUAUUACGUGGGAAUUCAAAGUGAAUAAAAUUCCAAAUGUCAUCAGAUGACUUGAACCUGGGGCUAUAGUUCCCUUUAUUCUUUGCCUGAUCUCAUUUUUCUUGUUACUUUUGUCCCUAUUCUGACACUCCGAACAGAUGAAACUUCAUGUCACAGGGUCAAGAGACCCCAGCACUGAGGCCCACAGGAGGGCCAUAAAGGCAGUGGCAAUCUUUCUGCUCCUCCUUAUCGUGUACUAUGCAGUCUUUCUUGUAAUAACCCCUAGCUUUCUGAUUCCUCAGAGAAGAUUAGUGGAGAUGGCUGGUGGCAUAAUGACUGUCAUUUUCCCAUCAGGCCAUGCAUUCAUCCUGAUAAUAGAGAGUAACAAGCUGAAAGAAGCUUUUUUGUACAUGUUAAGUUUUGUAAAGGAUUUCCACAAAGGAAGGAAACACUUUGUUCCGUAG